AUGGAAGGGAAGCGUGAUGAGGUACUGGCCCACAAACGCGCUGCUCACGAUGCCAAGGGGUCCUCUGCUGGGGGAAAGACUGUCACUACUAAACCUGCGGCAGCUACUGGCAAGCCUGGCGGUCUUCACUACGACACCAGUGGCCAUGCAUACCUGCUCGACAGCGAAUCCAAUCAGGCAAUCUAUAUUGCCUCUGCUCCAGAGCCUGCCGACCCUCCUGCUACCUCAACAGAGUUCACAGGCCUUGCAAGUGACACCAUCACUCCUGUGUUCAUAUGCAAGCUCUCUGCCACAGAGGAGGACGAAUACACCACCCUUGUUGCUGCUGCAGACUGGUUGAUCUCGGAAAGAUUUGGCAGGGGAAGCACGGAGUUCGAAAAUUUGCAGUUGCCAAUUGUGCCGCUUGAUGUUAUCGUUGUUAUCAUCCAUAUAAUCAUACCAUUUCCUGUGCUUUUACCUCAGAUGUUGCACUAUCAUCAACCAUCCGAACUUCUGGCAUGGACAGUUGACCACCAUGGCCUUAGUGAAGACAUCAAAGUUCUAGCGAUCCUGGAAAUACUUUGUGGCUUGCGGAUGACUGUAAUAGACUUACUUCUGUGCUCUGUCUCGCAAAAACCUGCCAUGAUCAAUUGGAGGAAGGGCUUCUUCCGAAGCUCUGCACUCGCACAAUUUCUUAACGUGCUGGAGUCCGAUGAGCAAGGAGCCAUUCACCUUCAGAAUGUACUGCAACCUCGCACUAUAGAACUCAUCACCCGUGAGAUCAAUGUGGAGAUGGAGGACACUAAGCCGAUUUUUCAUAUGUCUACAAAGGACAUCACCCUGGAAGACAACUCCCUGGCUCCGUCAGAUCCUUAUGUCUGCUAUGCGGACAAUACGUGCUGUGAAAGAGAAUAAGCAUCAAAAUGUCGAAAUGGUUAGCUUUUUUUCGAACCACACAAAACUAAUGUAGACAUCGAGCUAGUACUGCACUGUAAUCCAAUUGCAAAUUGUGAACAUUCGCUCACAAAACAACCUCACCUUUCAGAUCAUUCACGGA